CAGACGGCCGAGUGUGCAAAAUUCGUUUUGAUGCUAACGGAGCCACAGGGUCAGGGGGUCGGGACCCCACCCAGGUGAAGCUGCUGCCCGGCCGGCACAUGCUGUUCCCGCCUCUUGAGAGAGUCCACUAUUUACAGGUCCCUUUGUCCCGCCGACUGUCCCAUGAUGAGACCAACAUCUUUUCUACUCCCCGGGCACCAGGCUCCUUCCUGCACAAAUGGUCAUCAUCGGACGACAUCCGUGUCCUCCCAGCCCAGAGCCGAGCCCUCGGGGGCCCUCCUGAAUACCUGGGACAGAGACACAGGCUGGGGGAUGAAGAGGAUGAGGAAGAGGCUGAGGGCGGGGGCUUAGCCAGCCUUCGCCAGUUCCUAGAAAGUGGGGUUCUGGGGUCGGGUGGGGGACCCCCACGAGGUCCUGGUUUCUUCCGGGAGGAGAUCACCACCUUCAUCGAUGAAACACCUUUGCCUUCUCCAACGGCCUCACCAGGACCCUCUCCUCGUAGGCCCAGGCCACUGGGUUUUUCACCUCGACGCCUCUCCCUUGGGUCUCCUGAUAGCCGACCUGUUGGACUUCCUUUGGGGCUAAGUGCAGGGAGACGCUGUUCUCUGACAGGCAGCGAGGGGAGUUCAAGGGCUUGGGGAAGACCCUGGGGCCCAGGCAACCCCAUCUUCUCCCAGCUGACCCUGUGAGGCCACACGGGCCGCUUAAUUCAGAGGAGGGGGCGUGGGUGCUCACUCCUCAUUCUGGCCCUGAGCCUAUGGCAGCUGCCUCCGGGGAGCUGGUCGCUAGAUCUGGGUUCCAGCUCUCUCCCAUCCAAGUGACCAGACACCCUCCUCACCCAUCUUCACCCUAGCAAAACGUAUUAAAGGCUGAAGUAUUGCCAUGGAA